UGACGAUGAGAUAAUUUUUGUCAAUUUAAUUUUUGUAUAUUAUCCUUUUUAAAAAAGACAUGAAAAAUCGAUUAUCGCAAAUAUUAUGUUGCUGCUUUUCUGCGAUAUUGAUUGGUUGUCUCGAUUAACAUUGCGCGUUAUAUUAAUACCAUCAAACAACUGCAGUGAAGGUUAUUUUAUCGCGAAGGAAAAUUAAAAUUAUAAACUUGAUAAAAGUUUGACAGCUGUAAAAUGAAAAAUAAAAAUAAUAUCAAUAACUCGCGCGAAGCGUGCGCGUUCUUGUGUCGUCUAGUGAUUUAAAAAAGACAUCAAAAUUACAUUUAAUUUCUAUAUUCAUCUUUUGUUUAGAGUGUAUUUUACAGAUCUAAAAUAAAUAUUCCUUCUCGAACAUGAUGAUAUUUCUAAAAUUAUUAUUAAGUAGCGGAUUAAUGUUUAUUGCUGAGACGACUUCUAUUUGUAAUGAAUCAUCUUUAUGCUAUCUACCAGCAAUAUAUAUAAAACCAAUCCAUUACGACAUCAAGCUUAUAUCAUAUAUUGAAGGACAUAUUUUCUAUGGAGAAUACAAUAUCAGCAUAAGCAUUCCUAAGAAAACGGAACACAUAUUUUUACAUUCAGAAAUAUUAAGUAUUAAAAAUAUAGUUUUAUUUACAAAUGUAGCAAAAUAUCAUGAGAAUGCUACAGAUACAGUUUAUAAACCAAUAUAUGAUAUUGAAGAAAACAUACUUGAUGUUUAUUUUAUUGACGAGUUACCAUCAGGAAUUUACACUUUAAAUAUAAAAUAUUAUGGUACUGCUGAUGAAGUCUUUAGAAUUUUCGACAUAAAAGGAAAAAUUGCUAUGGUAGCUGCAAUUCAUUUCCAUAUAACAGGCGCCCGACGAUUGUCUUCAUGUUGGGAUCAAGAGAAUUUAUUACCAGAAGCGACCUUUAAUAUAUCUAUAGGAUGUAAUCAAUGUACGGCUUUGUCAAAUAUGCCAUUGCGAAAUAUGGAAAAAACUGAGCAUAUGUUAUGGACACAUUUUCAUACCACACCAGCAAUGUCGCCUUAUCUUGCGACAAUGAUUGUGUCUAAUUACCUAUUACGUAUUGAUAAUGACACUCGAAACAUUGAAAUGUGGUGCAGAAACGAAUCUGGAUUUUACAUGAAAUUUGCAGAAAAUGUAGCUGAAAAUAUCACGUUGUGUUUAAAAAUUGAAUGGAAACAGCGUUCCAACAAUAUUUCGAAAGUGACUCAUGUUGCAAUUCCAAAUUUCCGUGACAGUGACACAAUAGUUUCCGGACUUGUUUUUUAUAAGGAAACAGAUAUCAUCUACGAUAAAAAUUUAUAUCCUAUUGCACACAAACUCGAAGUCGCUCAAUUAGUAGGAUGUAAAGUGACACAAGAAUGGUUUAAUAACAUGUUGAACGAUCCGUUAGUGUCGGAUUUUUGGUUUAAAAAAGGUUUCAUUACAUUACUUGCAACGAAUGCUGUCAAUAAGAUGUAUCCAGAUUAUCGAAUAAUGGAUUUAUUUGUUGUUCAAAAUCGACAUUACUCUUUUAAUUUGGAUGGUUAUUAUAUGAGGAAUUCUACUUUACAAGUUAACAGUUCACUGGAAAUUCCCGAUUCUAUCAGAGCACUCUUUAUAUUGCGCAUGGUGCAACAUGUCCUCACAGAAGAUAUAUUUCAAGCAGGCAUAAACGUAUAUAUACAUAACAAGAAAAUAUCACAUAGUCUACACUUUCUGGAUUUUAUGGAAAAUGUUGCUUCAAUAACAGAUCUAGAUAUGCCUCUACAACUAACAAAAAUGAAACUUUGGGAUUUUGAAAAGCAUUGUCCUCUCAUUAAAGUAGUACGAAAUUAUAAUGAUCCUAUGAGCCAAGCAACUGUAACGACACAAUAUAUCGACAUAUUAAAAAUUCGCUACAUUCCUAUAACUUUUACUACGGAAGCAUCUCCCGAUUUUAACAAUUUCAAUCAUCAUUAUCUAUACGUGUUACGUGAUUUCAAAUUAUCAUUACCAUUUAAAGAGAAUGGUUGGAUGAUAUUCAAUAUACAACAAGUUGGAUAUUAUCGCGUUAACUAUGAUGAGGAGAAUUGGCGAAGAAUUUCAAGUUAUCUGAGAUUUGAUAAUUACAUGAAAAUUCAUGUUCUUAAUCGUGCUCAAGUUAUCGAUGAUGCAUUCCAUUUAAUGAUAACAGGCCAACUCCAAUUACAUAUAUUCCGGGAUCUUAUAAGGUAUUUGCAUCGAGAAGAAGAUUAUAUAGCAUGGUAUCCUAUGUUUAAAGCUAUGGAAUACAUGUAUGGUACUUGUCCAUGGGAAGAUAUAUAUGGAUCUAUUACGUUGAUAGUAAGGUACGCUUUACAAGAGGUACUUAAAAGAAUCAAAUAUGAAGAAAUUGAUGAUAUAGACGAACUUAGAAUAUGUUUACGACAAGAAGCUGCAAAAUGGGCAUGUUUUCUCGGUGAUAUCGAUUGUAAGAAAGAAGCCAACAAGAAAUUAGAACAACAUCUCCUAGAUCCUACAAAACACAAACUUUUGCCAUGGUGGCAGGAAUGGACAUAUUGUAACGGUUUGAAGACAAUUACCAACAAACUGACUUGGCAAUUAGUGUAUAAUAUAGGAUAUAAAAAAUCUGACACUAAAUUUAUAGAAUACUUGGCUUGCUCUGAAUUUUCUGAUAUAAUUACAGACUAUUUAAGUUAUAAAUCUUUUACAAAACAAGAAAAUCAAUAUCUUUUUAACAGUUACUUCCAUAUUAUUACGAAGCAUACGAACAAUCGAAAUAUCCUGAUGGACAUAUUAAAUAAAAUUUUUUUAAACAUAAGACCAAAACAUGUUGAUGUAACUGCAGCAUUAAUUAUUAUUAUUAAUAACGUAUAUUCCGUAAAUCUAACUGAGGAAAUAAAGGAAUAUGUUAUAAGGUUCAAGUUCCACGCAAUUUUAUCAAUUGAGGAAAUGGAAAAAAAGGAUUCCAUAAUGCUGAAGUCUGAUAAAGUUGAAAGCAAGAUAUCAAUUCGCAACUAUCAAAUCGAAAAACAAAGACAGUCUUUUGAUAAUACUUUCUAUUGAUGGAUGUAAAAAAAUUGUAGCUUUGCAUUAUGUGCGUGGAUAUACUUCAUAUUAAUAAUUUUUAUAUAUUGUAUGUACUAAUUAUUUUAUUGAUUUAAUUAUAAUUUAUUUAGAUGUAUAACUAUUCGAUGUCUCUGUAUUUACAAAUCUUUAUGACUGCAUGCAUUAAGUUUUUCACUUUUUUUUCGAACUUGCUGAAGGUGUAAUUGAAUUAUAUAUUAUUGCCUGUGUUCACAAAAAAGUAGUCAUAUAAUAUUAC